CAAUCAAAGGCAAACCGUGUACUAUUUACACCAGACGUACGACCAAUGGAGAAACAUUCAUGUUGGACUGUCGAACCCAAUGUGCCUGCAAGAACGGGACUUACGCAUGCGCCAGCUUGUGCCCUCAAGAGAACAUUUCGCCUCAGGGGAGGAGUUGCCGACACCCGAGACUAGUGGAGGUGCCGGGCCAGUGUUGCCGCGAGUGGAUGUGUGAUGGCGAGUCUGUUCAGCGACCGCCCCAGUGCCUAGCGGAAUUCUCCCAGUGGACACCUUGUUCAUCUUCUUGUGGCAUCGGUCUCUCACACCGCGUUUCUAACUUGAAUCCUGACUGCAAACCUCGCAACGAGACCAGACUCUGUCAGCUCAGACCCUGCUACUCCCAGUUCAUCAAGCCUCUUCACGGCAGGAGUCAUCAUAUAAGGAGAGGCCAUGAGUGUAAAGCGACUCAGCGACUUGGAGCGGCGGUUCAUUUGGUGUUCGGGCAGUGCCGUAGUCGACGUCGCUAUCGCCCCCGGGCCUGCGGGGAGUGUGGGGGUUGUUGUGUGCCCGAGCUGAGUUCCACGAUCCGGGUGGAGUUCGCAUGCCGUGGGGUGAGCGGGCUAGAAGAUGUGGAACCAGGGAGCGAUCUCUGGCAGUCGGCGAGUCCGCCUCUCCACGGUCACAGGCAUAUCCUCUCAGUGGAUGUGGAGUGGGUUUUAAAGUGUCAGUGUAACGCAGCCUGCCUGGCCCACGGGGUGACCUCUCCACCCCUCGGAGGUCUCGGGCCUCUCCUCCACAGGGUACACAGGACAGCGCCCCCUUAGAUAUUAUCCUCCCCCACCCACGCAUCACAUGUAUCCUUUGCCUAACUCAAGUAUUAACAACCCAUAUCAAUAACAUGGUAAUGUAGUGCACUAAUUAUAUUUUUAUAUCAUAA